AUGCUAUGUGAUUGGCUUACAAGGUUGUCUUCAAAUGCCUCUUUAAUAUGUGAUAGAUACAGUGGAAGUGGUGGUUGCAAAGGAUGUAGGCAGACUCAACAUGGUGAAUGUGGUGGUGGACAAGACGCACACUAUGGAUUUGAAGGAUACAACAGAUUGAGUGAACACGCAGUUAAACUUGCGAAGCCUUGCAAUAUGGCGCUAACGAUGAUGGCGGCGAUCGGCAUCGGCACCGGGAAGCAAGAGAAGAAGAUGCUGUCUGCGCCGGCGGAGAGCGAGCUGAAGAAGCGGAAUGAAGAGCUCGAGAAGGAUCUCAGAGCAAGCAGGGAACGAGAAGAGCAGAUGAAGCGCGAGCUUCAGAGCGCGAUGGAGAGGCUGCGCGUGGCCGAGGAGGCCGAGGAGAGGCUCUGCUCGCAGCUUGGGGAGCUCGAAGCGGAGUCAGUUUACCAGGCGCGUGACUACCACGCGCAAAUCGUCUCCCUCAUGGAACAGCUCUCACGCACGCAGAGCCUCCUUCUCAAGACCAGCGCGUCCUCCAUUCCGCUUCCUUCCUCCUCGUAG